AUCUCGGCCUUCUUCCCCUAAGGAGAUUAACUGAUUAAGGGCGUUUCUUCUCUCCGAUCAACUACCUUUCUACUCGAAUCGUUCUUCGCUUAUCUUGCCGUUCGACUAGCGCCUCAUAGAGAGGAAGUUGGGGAAACAGCAGCGCCCACCGGAAGUGUGGGAAGACUACGUCACGGCGGUCUGAUAGGCUCCCAGUCAUCUUCCUCCGUUUCUUCCAUCGGCGGCGUAAUUCGCUUCUGCCAAUUUGAUUGCUGUUCUCCUGAAUCCCGCCACUGUCAACGGAGCAAAAUUUCCCUCUUUCUUCUCUCUUACUAGUCAUUUGACAUCCGGCGACGGAGAUAGAGGGAAUUCUUUCAAUUCGCGCCUUCAUGUCUCGCUUCUCUUCCGAGUAUAAUAACUAGGGCAGCCGCUGGGGAAAGACGUGAAGAGCUGCUAAACUACUUCUCAAUCGAAUCUCCGUUGCCAGGUAAAAAAUCUUAACAGAUAUCUAAUUGCUUUCUAGCCAGGUUUAAGGAUCCAUAUAUGGUCAAUUCAUCAUCUUCCGUAGCAUCUGAGGUCAUUGCUUUACAAGAAAGUUACUGAAUUAGGCUUCUUCUAUCGAUCUACUUAGUUUGAAAGCAUGGAUUUUAUCUGUAAAUUACGAAGUAAUCCCAAUUGUUUGAAAGCUUGGAUUUUGAUUAUAUGGUUUGUCUUCUUCAGUGGGUGUCAAACGCAAACUAGAAAGAUGGAUUCAUCACAGAACAUGACCGGAGGAAAUGGUGGUAAUGGCGCAUUACCUGCUCAGGCGAAUGAUAUUGCUACAGCAAAUGCAUCAGCCAAUGACCCAAAGGAGAAUCUAAACCAAGUUAUCAACUCCAUCCAGAAGAAUCUUGGCCUCAUCCACCAGCUUUACCUCACUGUGUCCUCCUUCAGUGCUGCUUCACAGGCUCCUCUACUCCAGCGGCUUAAUGGCCUCAUCACCGAGCUAGAUAAUAUGGAUAAAUUGGCUGAGAAGUGCAAUAUACAAGUUCCCAUGGAGGUUAUUAAUUUGAUUGAUGAUGGGAAAAAUCCAGAUGAAUUCACACGAGAUGUCAUAAACAGCUGCAUCGCCAAAAACCAGGUUACCAAGGGGAAAACAGAUGGCUUUAAGGCUCUACGUAAGAAUCUCCUGGAAGAACUAGAGCAGGCUUUUCCUGAUGAAGUUGAAUCGUACAGGGAAAUACGUGCUAUUUCUGCUGCUGAAUCGAAACGCCUUGCCCAAGCACAAAGUUCAUUGCCAAAUGGAGACGUGAAGGUUAAACCCGAGCUUUGAGGGCUAACAUCGGUGACGAAUAUAUGUCUUCCUCCUUCAGUUCUGCAUCUUUCUUUUAUUGUUUUUACUUCCUUUCCUUGCGUUUCUUCUUCCUCUGCAUGUUACCUUGUAGAUCUGAUGCUGUGCUUUAACUAGAUAGGGAUGCUUGACAGAAGAUUCUAUGCUAGUAAUGUUGCGAAUUCAGGGGGACUGGCGAUUAUAGUAAUUGUGUUGUUAUACCUCUCUGCUGUGACUUCCUAAUGGGUUACUGACUAGAACUGUCCAAAUAUUCUUACAUAACUACAUCUGAUAAAAUUAGAUUAGUUCCUUUAGUAACUUCCUCACUUUGAUGGUUAAUGUUGCUAGUUCUUGCCUUUGUAGCGGAACUAAGAUAUGUACUUGAGAAAGAGGUUACGAUUUGUGGCACAAGGAGAAAACAGAAACAUUUUCCAAAUGUUCUUGAAAUUGUUGUGUAUGGUUGUACUUAAUCAAGUUCUAUCCGAUAU